AUGCUCUCUGUGGUCCAUAGAAUUUACCAUAAGCAAGACAUCAAGUGGACGCAACUUCUUCAGUUGUAUGAGUGGGACGUCGGCUUGGAUCGCCAUUCACCGGGUCUCCGUCGCCUGCACAAGAUAACCUAUGAACAUCUGCACCUAACUCCGUCCCUCAGAAUGCGGGUGUACAUGGCUGCACAGGUUAUGAGCUCCACGGUUGCCAACACUCUUGAUGCACAGAUGAAGGCAGGCAAGGUUGGUCUGGAGUCCACCAUCAAAUUCAUCAGAUACAUUGAUGACUUCUUUGACUGCCUGAAUGUCUCCAAUGCCUACGAUUACGCUCGCCUCAGGAAGCCCAACUUGGAACCUUACAUCAGUGCUGAGGAUAAAAGAUUUGACUGGCUGAUGCACGACUUCCUUGGUUUCCUUGAUGAAUGGGAGGCUGAAGUCGAGUCACACCCAGCCCUGGAUAAGACAGCCAAGGCGAAGAUGAUCCUCAGCAAGGAAACUCUCAAGGGGAUGAGAAUAACAGUGCAUUCAUUUGUCGAGCUAGGGAGGCUGCUGCUCAAGCUUCCUGGUGUGACUUUUCUUCUAAGCGAGAAAUUUAAUCAGGAUCCUUUGGAGCAGUAUUUUAGCAAGCAGCGUGGCACAGGUGGCUGCAGCGAUAACCCGACCGUCGAGCAGUUUGGUCAUAACAUGCAGGCCCUGUAUGUUGCAUCCAGCUGCGUCAAAGCUUCGAAGAGAGGCAACUGCAAAGUACAGGGUGCAGAUGAAGUGGCUGCUCUUGAUAGCACACCUCUUCCUCGGAGAAAGUAAGGAAAGAAUGUAGUAUCCAGAUGUCACUUCAGCGGUUGUGUACAAAGUGUAUGGAGAGUUACGAAAAAAAAUGUGUAUUUCCUUACAAUAUUGGAAAGUUUUCUCGGCCCCAGAUUCAUGGCUUUUCAACAUUUUCAUAAUGACUAUCCAUUAUUAAGAUGAUGUAUUAAGAAAAAAGUGGCGCCAGGUUGCAACAUUCUUUCCCAAAAUAAUGUUUUAUAUCAUGCAUGAUAUAGAGACCAAAUUUUUCUCACAUUGGGUAAAAAAAAUACAGUGCAAGGACUGCAAGAUUUAACAUCUGAUACCGUCAAACUGAAACAUCAACGGUAUGAUGCUCAUUUCAAUUCUUUCGACUUUAACGUAUGCUUCCAAUAAGCCUAAAAUGUUCAGCUUUCUUGUGUAGUGUAUGCCAAUUAUGAUGAACCAAAAAAAUUGCCAUUCCUCAUUGAGUUUUUUUAGGAGUCAUAUCAUAAGUGGUUGCAGUAAACCUGUAAAAUAACUGACACGCAGAAUUUAAAUAAUUAAGAGGAUCCUUCAGUUCAUAUUCCUUUUCUUUUAAUGUGUCACUUUCUGCCACAGUUUGUACAGCAUGGAUUUAAUUUUCAUAAAUUGUUUCAUUGGCAUGGUUACUCUGCAAAACUAUACAUUUGUAAAUAUCGGUAAGAGUAACAUGGGAGUGUCAUCUGAGACAUGAGGGAUUGUACCAAGUCUGUCAUAUAAAUGAAUUCAAAGUAUUGUAAUACAUCAUACAUGUAGCUAUACAGUUUUCAUUCCCAUGUGUUAUCACAGGGAUAAAGUGAUUAGAAUCUUGACAUUUCUUCUUGUACUACUGAUAGAAAGCGAACAUUCCAAAGGUUGAUUUAACAAAAUAGAGACAUUCACAAAUUAAAUGAUACCUUGCUGUUAGUGUUUGUUUAAUUCAGUGAGUUUGAAUGUUCAUGCACUAGUAUUGCGUGUAUCUCUGUUUGG